CCAUGCCGUAAAACACUUUUGUCCGACCUGCCAGUGAAGAGAGACAGAAGAAGGCCUUAAAGCUUAUAAAUUUAUAGACGAUGCAAGCAGGGUUAUCGAAACGCACUUUCAUUUUAUAGACAGUAUUAUAGUCUUUCUCACGAUGAUCAUAGAGAAUGUUGAAGCCUUGAAGUCAUGGCUGGCAAAACUCCUGGAGCCAAUAUGUGAUGCUGACCCCUCUGCAUUAGCCAACUAUGUGGUAGCUCUUGUGAAGAAGGACAAACCGGAGAAAGAGCUGAAAGCACUUUGUGCUGAUCAGCUUGAUGUCUUUCUACAAAAAGAGACGACGGGAUUUGUCGAUAAACUUUUUGAAUGUCUGACGACAAAGAAUUACCUGGGAAACACUGCGGCCAAGGAAGUUCCUAAAGAAGAGGUCAAACCACCUGCAGUCAAAUCUGAUGUUGUGGAGGCUGAAACUCCAGAGGAGGACAGAGAAAACCGGCGGAGGAGAAGUCCUGUCAGAAACCGCUCUGACUUCAACGAGUCCAGGAACCGCGAUGACAGGAGGCGAGACGAGCGCAAGCGGCGCGACUUAGAGCGACACGGGAAAAGUGUCAGCGACUCCCACCGCGAGCGGGAGCGUCACGAGCGCCGCAGGGGCAGCCCCCGCGGGAGGAGCUACAGCCGGAGCCGCAGCCGGAGCAGGAGUGGCAGCCGAGGAAAGAGCAGGGACAGAGAGCACAGAGGAGGCAGAGACUUCAAGUCGAAGUUUGAGUUGGAAAGGAAGGAUACAGACUGCUACAACUCUUCCAACACAUCCGGCUCCCAGCAGCAGCACCCGUCGCCUCUCCUGCCCCUUCCCACGCCUCCGCACCCCUUUUCUUCCUCGUCGUCAGCAGGAGUCUCAGGAGCUGUAGGUGUUCCCAUAGUGACACCGGCUCACCUGCCCGAUAGCACUACAGACAGCUGGUCCGGCUACUUUGGCACCCAGAGGCAAGAUGGUGUCGGCAAGCCAUUCGGCAACAAAAGCGUUUUGCUCAAACAGCGCUGCAGGGACUACGAUGAAAAGGGAUUUUGUGUCCGUGGUGACCUUUGUCCAUUCGACCACGGCAACGACCCCCUCAUCGUUGAUGAUGUCAAUCUACCGAACAUGAUUCCGUUCCCUCCCCCGCCUGUUAUGCCCCCCGCUGGCCUGCCUAUGCCCCCGAUCACAGAGCCACCCCCUCCCCUCAGGAUGCCUGCGAUGCCACCUUAUGGCCAGCCACCUCCACCGGGCGUCUUCCCCAUGACUGGACCCCCACUGAUAGCAACCAGUGGGAUUGAUACCCCCAACCACCAAACAGCAAUCACUUCUUCUCCUCCUAUCGGACCGCCCGGUGUGGGGCUGCCGCCUACUCUUCCUCCUCCUCCACCUCCUCCCUCCUCGUCCUCAUCUGUGUCUCUUCGUCCCCAAUAUGUCCAGUCUGAAUAUAACUAUGAUCCAGAAGGUUAUAACCCAGAAUCGCCAGGCCUGACUGCAGCAGGUCGUAACCCAUACCGUCAGUUCAUUCCCCGGGUGCAGACCCAGCGCUCCAACCUCAUCGGCCUCACCUCCAACGAAGGACAAGGCUCCAGAGCUGCCAACAUAGUGAUCCAGACAGAGCCUGCCACUGCAGCCAGCACACCUGGAAGCAACGUGUCCCGGUUCAACACAGAGCAGGACAUCAGGAAGAGAACCAUGGGGCCCAGCACAGCGGAGGGAACCGCAGCUAAGAAACCCUGGAUGGAGAAGCCGAGCUUUAACAACCAACAAAAGAACACUUUUCCCAAGAGGUAUUACUACGUGAACACUAAGCUGGAGGUGCGCAAGAUCCCACGCGAGCUCAACAACAUCACCAAGCUCAACGAGCACUUCAGCAAGUUCGGAACCAUCGUCAAUAUCCAGGUGGUGUUUGGCGGAGACCCAGAGGCGGCGUUGAUCCAGUACACAAAGAAUGAAGAGGCCAGGCGGGCCAUAUCCAGCAUCGAGGCGGUCCUCAACAACCGCUUCAUCCGUGUGUACUGGCACCGCGAGCCCGGCACCAACACCACAGGGCUUCAGCAGCAGGAGCAGAGCUCAGGGAGCCAGGUGGUCGGCUCAGCCCCCAGCCAGGGGCUGCAGCACGGCAACAUGCAUAAGGCAAUCAAGCAGCACAAUCCAGCCGCCUACGUGUUGAACAAGACUGUACCCAAGCAUCGCGUGCCAGCAUUGCCCGGGAUCCCAGCUGCAACCAAACCAGACGGCCUGAACCCAAACCCAGACGCUGCCACUAUGAUGCUUGGACUGACAAACACCCAGAAGGGCCCUUACACUUCUACGCCUCUUAAGUCGUCCUCAAAGAGCUUUGGGAGAACGGGAAAAGCAAUUGAAGCUCAGGAAGUCCACAAGAAGAAACAGGAGGCAUUAAAACUCCAGCAGGACAUGAGAAAGAAGAAGCAAGAGAUGUUAAAGACACAGAUUGAGUGUCAGAAGGCCCUGAUAAACCGCCUGGAGAAGAACCGAGGGAUGAAACCUGAGGAGCGAGCCAACAUCAUGAAGACCCUGAAGGAGCUGACUGAGAAGAUCGCGCAGCUGCAGAAUGAAAUGAACCCCGCCUCCCAGGUAUCCAGCGCCAAACCAAACCACGGCCAGUCCAAGACCAAGACUGAUGCCCAGAAGGAGUUGCUGGAUGCUGAGCUGGACUUUCACAAGAAGAUGAGCUCUGGAGAGGAUACAACAGACCUCAAGAGAAAACUGGGCCUGUUACAGGUGGAGGCGACUCGGUUGGGUCUGAUACGGCCUCCAACGGGUCGAGGUCGGGGCCGAGGGAAGAUGGCGCUGGAGCCCGGCUCGGUGCACAUGGGCCGUGGCAGGGGCCGAAGCCGGGAGAUGAUGGGUCGAAGCGGGACUGUGAACCGCAUGGUGGUCGACCACAGGCCUAGAGCCCUGGCUAUUUUGGGGGUCACUCAGGAGGAGAAGGAAGAGCUAAUGCCACACUUUGUGAAAUUUGGUGAGAUUGAAGAUGUCCGUGACCAAGACGCCAACAGUGUUGUCAUGACCUUUAUGUCACGAAGCGAAGCAGAGAAUGCAGCUAACCAGGGCGCUAAGUUCAAAGGUCGGGUGCUGCAGAUUUCCUGGUACAAGCCCAAGACGCCUUCUGUUACAACAGAGCCAGAGGAGGAAGAGGCUAAAGAUGAGGAAAAUACGAAGAAAGCUAGCUCUUAUUUGCCCGGCGAGGAGGAAGAAGAGGAGGAGGACGACGACGAAGAUGACGAGUACGAGAGCCGAUCUUGGAGACGAUGAAGGCAUUUGUGAAUCGUCAUGACCCGUACUCCAGCAUCAGUCGUUACUUUUCCCCUCGUGCAGAUAAAAUCAGUAGAAUGGAGCUCACUUUCUUUUUUCCUUCCUUUCCAGUAUUUUCAAAAUAAGUACAUUUUAGACUCUAAUCAAAGUAAAAACGUCUUUACUUUACAUCAAAAGAAGUUUAGAGGGCCGACACUUUUUGUAUCCCUCGACUGAACAAUUAUUUAAAACAUCUCACUUUUGCUGAGAAAGAUAAAUGUUAAGUUGUUCUUAUAGAUAGAAAAACCUAUGUAAGUUUCAGUGUGCAUACCAGAUGAUUAAUAUCAGUAAUGCACAACAUUUGUGUCUACUGUGAAUAGGUAUUUUUAUACAUACUGUAUUUAAGCUCUUUUCUCACCAGUUUCUUUUAAAAUCUUGUCCUCUAUUCAGGGACAGCCAUUCCUUCACCAAUAGAACGUUCUCUGUUGCUACCAGAGAGAUAUUUAUUUAUUUUUCCACUGCAUAAAUGCACUGUGCCGUACCUAUAUUGGCACAGUAUGGUAUGGUUUUCCAUUUCACUUUGCUCAGUUUGUUUUGGAAUGGGCAAGCCCAAAAUGUUAAAGGAUCCAAAUAUUUUUGACAGUGACUCACCAUGCUCGCAUGUAUACAUGCUAGUUUGCGCAUGUUGUAUUCUAAAUCUUCAGAGCCACCCCUACUGAUACUGUACCAUAACCAUAUUUGAGCCAGUGCAGGUACAGAAGGAUACCAGUGCAAUAGAAAAAAUUUAAACUAUGUUUACAAAUUGCCGUGCCAUGCACGUCAGAUGCAGCCUGAUAGUAAAUAUUCAAUUUUUCCCCGCUUGUGUUUAGUUGCUUAUUAAAUGUCCGGUGCCACUCUUUGUAAAUAUAAACAUCCACGCGGGUGUUUUACAUUUUCUAAAGAGUGUGUAACAUUUUUCACUUGUUUUGUUCUGUCUCCUGGUCAUCCAAAGGGCCUGGCAGGACAAGGAUCAGAUCACCCAUUUUUUUAAAUGUGAGAUCUAUAGAUGGGUGUCUGAAUGUAAUACUGAA